UCAUUAGAGCUGCUAUCCUCAUCCAGAAUUGGUACCGCUUUACAAUGGCCCGGCUAGAGAUGAGGCGCCGCUAUUCUCUGAGUAUCUUUCAGUCAAUCGAGUAUGCUGAUGAGCAAGAUCAACUACAGCUAGCCAACUUUUUUACAUUCAUGCUGGAUCACUGCACUCAUCCUGAUUCAGUUUCUCACAUUUUCAUCAGCCCUGGUGUUUCUGAGGUGGUGGAUGAAGGCUUAUGUUUAAAAGAAUUUGAAAAGAAGAUUGAUGUUCCAGACUCCUAUUAUGGACCACGACUGUCAUUCCCCCUUACUGUUGAAGAUGCCAAUGCUCUUCUUCAUGCUUUCAGGAAUGAGCAGCUGCUUCAUGCCCGCUAUGUACUGCAGCUACUGUGUGAAACUAGGAGGGUUCUCAAGGAGAUGCCAAAUAUCACCCAUCUUUCAACUUCCUACUCCAAGGAGAUAACUGUCUGUGGAGAUUUGCAUGGAAACCUGGAUGAUCUUUUGCUGAUAUUCUAUAAGAAUGGUCUGCCUUCAGAACAAAACCCUUAUGUCUUUAAUGGUGAUUUUGUUGACAGAGGGAAAAAUUCUAUGGAAAUACUUCUAAUCCUCUUUGCAUUUCUUCUUAUCUACCCCAAUGAUUUACACUUGAAUAGAGGAAACCAUGAAGACUACAUUAUGAACCUGAGAUACGGCUUCACAAAAGAAGUUUCGAAGAAGUACAAGGACCAUGGGAAACAGAUUUUGUGUCUUCUGCGAGACAUCUUUAGCUGGCUUCCCCUUGCCACUAUAAUUGAUAGCAAAGUUCUUAUCCUACACGGAGGGAUUUCGGACACCACAGAUUUAGAUUUCCUGAAUGCACUUGAGAGAAAUAAGUUGAAAUCUUUGAUGCGGCCACCAAAGACAGUGAGAGACAGACAGGACCAAGUGAAGGAGAGAAUUCCUGCAACCAGACCCCAUAAAUGCACUGCCAACCAGAAUGUUGCUGGGAAAACACAACACAUCUCUUCAUCUGGCUCCACUGAGCCUUCAGGCUCAAAUUUUCCUCCAGACCCUGCACUGAAGGAAUGGAAACAAAUCCUUGAUAUUCUGUGGAGUGAUCCAAGAAGCCAAAAUGGCUGUACACCAAACAAGUGUCGAGGAGGAGGUUGUUACUUUGGUCCCGAUGUCACUGCCAAGCUGUUUGAAAGGUAUAAUCUGAAGAUGCUCAUCAGGUCUCAUGAAUUUAAGCCAGAAGGUUAUGAGAUCAGUCACGAUGGGAAGGUUAUCACUAUAUUUUCUGCCUCUAACUAUUAUGAAGAGGGGAGCAACCGGGGAGCAUACAUCAAACUGAAUCCUGAACUGAUUCCUCGGUUUGUACAGUAUCAAGUCAGCAAGUACACACGCAGGCAGAAUCUUUGGGAGAGGGUGGGUACAAUUGAAUCCUCUGCCUUAAAGUCCUUACGAGAGAAGAUUUAUGCUCACAGGGCUGAACUCACUAGU